AAUAAACGAACGAAAAAAUUCUAAUAACUUUCAAUCGCUCAAUAAACAUGAAUCAAUUAUCUGUAAUUAUGAAUUCUGUUAAAAAUGUAAUCGUAUAAAAUAUUAAUAUUUAUCUUUUAUGUUUUGAUUUAAUAGAACGGAAAGAUAAGGCAUAAACGAGAAAAAAAAUUUUGAUUGGUUAUCUAUCAAGAAACGCAUAAAGAUUGGGCGUCUUUCUUUUUAAAGUAUCGUUAAUAUCUCAUAUAUACAUAGUUAUAUGUGAAAAUUUGAUAUACAUAGAGGAUUACUAGCAAUGCUAAUUAAAGAACAAAUCGGAUUUUCGGUACAAUCUCAGUGUCGUUCAAAUGACUGAUCACUUUUUAUUUGUGUCACCCGGUAUAUAGAGAACUUCAUUGUGGUGUUAGCCGAUCCAAAUGUACUGCUACUGUCUCACUUGUUAAAAUGAACUUUCAUCGAAAGAUCAGAACGAGACAGUUUUAAACAACAUGCAGCGUUUGACGGUUCAAUCGAUUGUUCUCUUUGAAUUUUAAUAAAUUUUAUUCUCACGGAUUUUAAUUUGUUCAUCCAAAAAUUUUUAUUUUCAAUAAUCAAUUCUUUCAUUUCGACUUGUAUUACUGUUCAGACAUCAAAAAUCAAAUUCAAAAUAAAUUCGAUGAUUCGAGCUUCGGUCUUCGAGGAAACGUCAUAUUCAUUUUUAAAAACAUGUUUUACUGCCAUUUCUUAAAGUUAUGCUUCCAUUACUAAUACAACAAACGCGAGUGCAUCCAAUUUUUAAGAUUGAAUAUAAACAUUUCUUAAGUGAUUUGAUGAGAGACUUUGAAAAAGCCCAUAUGGUGAAUGAAGAGAAUGGAGGUAAUAAAUGUAGAUGAGUUUGAUAAGGCUAUAGCUAUUCAGAGUACCAAAACUGAGAAACAUAUCUCAGGACAAGGAGAUGAAUUAUCAAUAAUUAAGCCAGAACUUCAGCCAUUAAAUAAGCGGGAGGAUGAAGACGACGUUUUAUACGAAAGAACAACAAAUUUGGUGCGAGUGCCACGCUCACAGGAAAGUGAGUUAUCCUCGGAAACCUCCUCGAUUAAAAUCCGUAUUGAGGGUAUGACGUGUCAAAGCUGUGUGAAAAGUAUCGAGGGUACCAUCGGCGAUCAUUCGGGUGUUGUAAAUAUUAAAGUAGAUUUAAAGGAAAAACUUGGCCACGUGGAAUAUAAGACUGAGGAAAUUACACCGUUGGAAUUGGUGGAAGCAAUCGAGGACAUGGGUUUUACUGCAUCUCUAAUAUCCAACGAUAAUGAUAAUAAAAAUGAUAAGAAAUCAGUUGUUACAACUUGCUUUAUACACGUCGGUGGUAUGACAUGUAUGUCAUGCGUGAAAUCUAUCAAAGUUGCUUUGUCAGAUAAAUCAGGUGUGAAGGACGUUGAUGUUAGUCUUGAGAAAGAAGAAGCUAAAGUUUCUUAUAUCAGUGAGGAUAUAACGCCUGAUCAAAUUGCAACUUGUAUAGAAGAUGCUGGCUUUGAUGCAUUCGUUAAGGAAGAAAAUAAUCCGAUAAAUAUCACCGCGAAAAGUAAAACAAAAAAUGGCGAGGUCAAUGUGAUGAAAUUGAACGGAAGCGGAGAUGUGCUCGCCAUGGCUCGUAUGACCAAAUGUUUUCUACAUAUAGCGGGUAUGACUUGCGCAUCUUGCGUUUCUGCGAUAGAGAAACAUUGUAACAAAAUAUAUGGUGUACAUAGUAUAUUGGUAGCAUUAAUGGCCGCUAAAGCGGAAGUUAUUUUUGAUUCGGAUAAAAUAAGAGCAAAUGAUAUCGCUUCCAGUAUCACAGAGUUGGGCUUUCAAGCUACUGUGAUCGAUGAACCUGGAACUGGUGAAGGGGAAGUAGAAUUAAAAAUCUCAGGAAUGACGUGUGCUUCUUGCGUCAAUAAAAUAGAAUCAACUGUAAAAAAGUUACCUGGUAUACAUUCUGCCUCCGUCGCUUUAGCGACGCAACGUGGAAAGUUUAAAUACGAUGCCGAGGUGAUAGGAGUUAGAGACAUUGUCGAUAGUAUUAAUAAAUUAGGUUUUACGGCUAUAUUGUUUAAUAAUAAAGAUAAAGAGAAUAGAGAUUAUUUAGAUCAGAAAGAGGAAAUAAAAAAAUGGCGAACAGCUUUUCUAAUAUCUCUAAUUUUUGGAGUACCCAGCAUGAUAGUAAUGACUUAUUUCAUGUUAAUAAUGUAUUUGGAUAAUAUGUCGCACGAGGAUAUGUGUUGCAUAUUGCCUGGCUUAUCUUGGGAAAAUUUAUUGCUUUUCAUUUUUUCUACGCCGGUUCAGUUCUUUGGUGGAUGGCAUUUUUAUGUUCAAGCUUAUAAAGCUUUGAAACAUGGUACUACAAACAUGGAUGUUCUUAUUUCCAUGACCACAACAAUAUCGUAUCUUUAUUCUAUUGCGGUACUUACAGCAGCUAUGAUAAUGCAAGAAAAUAAUAGUCCACAAACGUUUUUUGAUACUCCUCCAAUGCUUUUGGUGUUCAUUAGUUUAGGCAGAUGGCUCGAAUAUGUAGCAAAGGGCAAGACAUCCGAAGCUCUUUCCAAAUUAUUAUCUUUAAAAGCAACUGACGCAGUUCUGGUGACGUUAGGUCCAAAUAACGAAAUAUUAUCUGAACGUUUAAUAAAUAUUGAUCUUGUUCAACGCGGUGAUGUAUUAAAAGUUGUACCAGGUGCUAAAGUACCUGUCGAUGGUAGAAUCUUAUCAGGCCAAUCAACCUGCGAUGAAAGUUUGAUAACUGGAGAAAGUAUGCCAGUGCCAAAAAAGAAAGGAUCUAUGGUUAUCGGUGGUUCGAUAAAUCAAAAUGGAUCAUUAUUGAUUACUGCUACGCAUACGGGAGAACACACGACGUUAGCACAAAUUGUUCGAUUGGUAGAAGAAGCUCAAACGAAUAAAGCACCGAUCCAACAUUUGGCUGAUAAAAUAGCCGGUUAUUUUAUACCUCUUGUUAUAAUAGUCUCAGUUAUAACUUUACUUACGUGGAUAAUAAUAGGAUAUAUUAGCGUAGAUAAAUUGCCUUUGACGCACAAUGAUCAGAUACAUAAGCAAUAUACGAAAAAAGAAGAAAUUAUAUUCCAGUAUGCUUUUCGAAGUGCACUGUCUGUAUUGGCGAUAGCUUGCCCUUGUGCAUUAGGCUUAGCCACACCAACAGCUGUCAUGGUUGGAACUGGUGUUGGUGCAUUGAAUGGAAUAUUGAUUAAGGGUGCAGAAUCUUUAGAAAAUGCGCAUAAAGUAAAAUGCAUUGUAUUUGAUAAAACUGGCACGUUAACGCACGGUGUUCCUAUGGUAACUAAAAUUGCUUUAUUUGUCGAUGAAAAGAUAUAUUCUAUAACAAAAUUAUUGAUAGCUAUUGGAACAGCUGAAAUCAAUAGCGAACAUCCUAUUGCAUCAGCGAUAGUUCGUUUUGUAAAGGAAACUACGGAUUCAGAAUCUACUGGUCAGUGUACCAAUUUUCAAGCAGUUGCUGGCUGUGGCUUAAAAUGUAAAGUAUCGCAUUUUACCACAGCGGUAUCCGAUGCAUUAAAGUCUGAAAAAAUUAUUAAUUAUAUAAAUCAAACGAAGAAAGUAUCUUCUGGAACUUUUAAUUUGAACAAUGUGCCAAUAGAUAUUGUACCUUUUGUUGCUGCCACACAAGAAAAACAAAAUUUAGAUCUGCAAUUAUUGUUAAGUCCUGAGAGUAAUAAUGAUCAAAUCGUCUCUAAUGAAGCAUAUGAGAUUUGUAUUGGUAAUAGAGAAUGGAUGAGGAGAAAUGCAAUAAGUAUACCUCAAGAAGUUGAGACAAGAAUGAUCACUGAAGAGGAUCUUGGUCACACUGCUGUCUUAGUUGCAAUGAAUAAUGUUUUAGUUGCUAUGAUUAGCGUUGCUGAUACAGUUAAACCCGAAGCACAUCUUGCUAUUUAUACAUUAAAGAAAAUGGGUUUACAAGUUAUCCUUUUAACAGGAGAUAAUAGAAAGACAGCAGCUUCUAUUGCUAGACAGGUUGGUAUUACCAGAGUUUUUGCUGAGGUUCUUCCAUCGCAUAAAGUAGCGAAAAUUCAACGUCUGCAAGAUCAAGGCUUUAGAGUUGCAAUGGUAGGAGAUGGUGUUAAUGAUAGUCCAGCACUUGCACAAUCAGAUAUUGGAAUUGCUAUAGCUUCAGGAACUGAUGUUGCUGUAGAAGCAGCAGAUGUCGUAUUGAUGAGGAAUGACCUUUUGGAUGUAAUUGCAUGUUUGGACUUAUCUCGAAGAACUGUUCGCAGGAUAAGAUUAAACUUUUUGUUUGCUAGUAUAUAUAAUCUAUUAGGAAUUCCAAUAGCUGCUGGUAUAUUUAGUCCAUUUGGUUUCUUUUUAUUACCAUGGAUGUCAUCCGCAGCAAUGGCGCUUAGUUCAGUGUCUGUAGUUGGAAGCUCUUUGUUACUAAAAUUAUAUCGAAAACCAACAAAGGUUUCAUUAGAAACGCCAGAGUAUUUAGCAGCAAUGCGUGCACAUUCUACAGCUAGAAUGAUUGACCUUGACACAAUAUCUCUUCAUCGUGGAUUGGAUGAAUCAGUAAUGCCAGUACUAAAUAGAACAACAUCGUCUCUCUCCAGGCUAUUUGGAAGGACAAGAAGUGAAAUUGAGGGCAGACUGCUUGGUGAAGAUGUGGAUGAUACUGAUUUAGCUGUUGACUUCAAUGAUUAUCGAAAAAGCAAAAAAGAUCUAACUAAUAUAACACCUUUAUGAACUGCAUUUUUACAUAAAAAAUGUAAUGAUGUAAGUUAAUAAGCUGCUGUUAUUAUAAUUAAUAUUUUCUUUAUUUUAUUAAUCUAUUCAUGUACAAUAUUAUUGGUAAUUUUGUGUCUAUGUUCCCAUAAUUAAAUUUUUUAUAGCUCUUU